AUGGCUGGGACGUGGGCUCUGCAGCUCUUCCUUUUGUGUCUAACACCAGCUCUUUUGCCUUCUGUGAAGAUCAAUGCCAAGGGCCGGGAGGUGAUCUACCUGGCCAAGGGUGAUUCGGUCAAGCUGGGCUGCCCCUAUGAGCUGGAACCACAAGACCAUGGUCCAAACGGCCUGGACAUCGAAUGGACGCAGGUGAACUCUGACCCCACAAACCUGGAUAACGUGGUCCUAAGCUACCACGACCAUCAAGUGAUCCACCCUGGAUCCCACUACUUGCAGCAGAAUGGGGGUUACGUAACCCAGGAUGUGCGCCGAUUCGGCAAUACCGGCUCACAGCAGAACGUGGUGGUAGGGAGCUCAGUUGGUGACUGUUGCUCUGGCCUGCAACAGCGGGUGACAUUUGCUAUCCCGGAUCCGAGCCAGUACGACGCCUCCAUCAAUCUGCAGAAUGUUCAGAUUUCAGACUCGGCCACCUACGAGUGCAAGGUGAAGAAAACCACUGUGGCCACUCGCAAGGUGACCGUAACAGUGCUUGUGGGCCAAGGUGGCAGAACGCCCCCUUGGGAACUGGCUCCCUCCAACUGCCACCAAAGAUUUAGCCGAGUUGGACUUAAGGGUUGUUGGCUGGUGUUUCUCUCCUCCGAAGGUCCAAAUCCUGGCGAGCUGGUGAUUCAGAAGCUGUCACAUGAACACGUUGGCGUUUACCAGUGCAGCGUGGCCAAUAAAGUGGGGUCUGCCCGCUGUGUUCUGGAUAUCUCCUUUUCAGAGGGUAAGAGAUCGGCGUUUUGGCUUUAUUCCAAACACGUGAGCAUCAUUGUGGGCGCAGUCCUCGGCUCUCUGCUGUUCCUGCUUCUACUUGUGUGUCUCAUCGUGGGGCUCAUUUACUGCUGCAGGAGGAAGCGCUGCAAGGAGCAAUCGAAUCAAAUCAGGGUUGAUAAGGCUCCGCCACGGGCCAGAGGUAGGAGCAGAAACAGCCUGAGGUCAGUCCUGGGCUGCCUUCCCCACAAUAUCAGCUUCAUGCAGCGCCAGAAAUACGAGUCCCCAAAGGAGCAGGAAGGUGUGGAGAUGAGGUCCCCGGCCCACGGCGCAGAUCCAAGCUCUGUCGUGAGUUCCGUUGGCGUGGGGAUUGAGGCUUGUCACGGCACCUGUCCUUCAGUGGUCACUACAAAGGCCAGGGUACACUGCGAGCCCUCGGUGCCUUCCUAUACCUGCACAAAAUCCGGAACCUCGACGGAUCCUUCUCCGCAAUCACCUCUUGGCUCCAGUUUAGGAGGAAGGAACUCUUCCACGUCCAAUCUGCAGGCAGCCCAGGCGAAAUGGAGCAAUCCGCGGAAAUUCGGAGGAGUUCCUGUCAUGGUGCCGGCCAAGAGCAGAGAAGGUCUGGUAAUAUAA